AUGAUUUCAGAAGUCGUUGUAGCUAUUCUGAUGUUUGUGUGCUCACUAUUCGGGUUUGUUGUUAAUUGGACUAUUGUGAUAACAAUUAUAAAAGUUACUAAAUUACAAAAACCAUUUGCUAUUUUAACAGUUGGACUCGCCACUGCAGAUGGUAUAUUUUCAACUCUUUAUCUUUUCUAUGCAACUCCAAUGGUUCUAUUCCAAAACCAAUUCCUUACAAAUUGGUCUCAUGUCUGUGGAUACAUUCUCAUGAUCUGUUAUGAUGCAUCUACUUGUUUCCACUUUUUCAUCUCUCUUAACCGAUUUUUGGCAGUUUACAAACCAGUUUUCUAUAACAAAAUGUUUAGUAUUGGAUUCACAAAGUGUAUUGCUCUUGGAAUUUAUUUAACUUCCUUCUCCGUAAUUACACUAUUUUUUCAAAUUCUAGGAUGUGAAAACUACUACAACCCGGAGCUUCGUGCAUUUCGGUAUUCAGAAGAAGAAAUUUGCAAGUUCUAUGGCAACUUUGGAGAUUUUUAUCAAGUAUUCACAUUGACGAUCACUAGCACUGUUUUGGAUUUUCUUGCUAUUUCAAAAGUUAUUAAAAUACGAGCAGGAGCUGAGAGAAAUUCGAAAGAGUUGAAUUUAUUAAAACAGUCCAUAAGUCAAACUUUAUUUGUGUUGACUAUUGUCUGCAGCUUCACAUGGGGACCACGCUUCAUUCCAGAUCUUGAUUACGCAUUCAUUUUUUCUUCGAUUCUUUGGUGCUCAGUCCACACUUUUGAUGGGUAA